AUGCCCGGCCUCCCGCAAUCGGCCCAGCGCUCACCAUCUUCCUCACCUGCCAUUCCAAAGAAAAUCCACCACCACCACCGCUUCACCCACCUCCCUCCCUCCAUCACACCUACCAUGAGCUCCCGAAAACCCCGGCGAAACAAUAACCACAACCACAAUAACAACAAUCAUAACCACAACCACAACCUCACGCAAAACCACCUCACCGAUUAUGAAUCUGACGCCGCCUACUUCUCCGACAUGCAGCAGCAACAACAACCAGGACCACCGUCCCGCACCAACGAGGAGAUAAACCUCUCCGUCCUACGUCGCCACAACCCCGACAUCACCUCGAUCCUCUCCCUUGCCCAGUACGUCGUCGUAUACAUCUUCAGCCCGACAACGCGACAGUGGGAAAAGAACGGCGUCGAAGGAACACUGUUCGUCUGCCAACUGACGCAGGGCAGUCUCGGCGAGGAGCGAUACACUGCAUUCGUGCUGAACCGGCGCGGGCUCAACAACUUCGAUCUGCAGCUGACCGAUGGGGAUAACGUGGAGCUGACGGAGGAAUACGUGAUUCUAAAGGCGGACGAGGGCGCCGAGGACGAGAGCGGCGCGAACGGCCUCAAGGACCCCUCGAAACCGCAGGGCAGGCAGGCAAAUGGUACCAGCACGCCUGGGCUGCGCAUCUACGGCAUCUGGAUUUACUCGGAGCCGUCGCCGAACUCGACUGCUCAGGCCCGAACCAUCAAUGCGGAGAUGAUCAGGGAGUGCGCUACCCACGCCGGACAGAGUCUGAAGAUUAUGCGUGAGCGGCUGGAGGCUAUGCGCCAGAAUGGGUUACAUGAGGCCGCGGCCGCGGCGGUAACGCAUGCCGCCCCCUUGGAGGAGGUCCAGGCGAGUGUGCCUAUGGGACGCCAAAUAUCGUUGAAGGAUCUGUUUGGCCAACAGCGUGCCCAGGAUGAUGGGUGGAGCGUGCGCGCGCAUCACAUAAGCCCCGUUGAGCAACCGCAAGCUCAGCAGCAGCACUAUCAGCAAAUUGCACCACAGCAAUUCCCACAACCCCCGCCGCAGCAGUACCCUCAGCAGCACUAUCAGCAACCGCAGGCAUAUCCGGGCAUGAUGCCCCAACAACAGCAGCAACCACCGCCUCCACCCCAGCCGCAAGCAGAUGUCCUUGGCGACCUCUUCCGCAAAGCGGGAUUUGCAUAUCAGGGCGGUGGACAGGGAUAA